UGGUUCUUUUUUUUUUUUUUCUUUCCUUUCCUCCCACGGCUCAUAUCUUCCUAUCUCUCUACCUGCCAUUCAGAAUCUGCAACUUUCCUAGUCUUGUUUAGUAUUCAGCCUUCGGAUCCCCAUCACCACUCUCCUGCAAAAAUAAAAGAUUAGAAUCAAAUGAAGAACUUGUUCCAGCGCAAGGAUGCUGCAGCCCAGCACAAUGACAGCCCCAUCAUCUAUCCAGAUGAACCUGCCACUCAAAAACGCAGCUUUUUCUCCACCGUCUUUUUCCCCUUCGCCCUCACCUUCCGUUUCCUGCGCAAGUACACCAAUUUGACCAUCUGGAUCGUCAUCUGCAUGAUCAUUGGAAUCAUCGUUGGCAAGUUUGCUCCAACUUUUGCUGUCGAGCUUGAGCCCAUGGGACGCGUCUUUAUCCGCAUGAUUCAGAUCAUUGUCGGACCUCUAAUCUUCUCAACCCUGGUUGUCGGUAUUGCCGGUCAUGGAGAUGAUCUUAUGAGAGUCGGUCGUCUCGCGCUAAAGUCUAUCAUUUACUUUGAAGUCGUCACUACAUUUGCUCUGAUCAUCGGUCUUCUCGCUGUCAACAUCGCAAAGCCUGGACACGGAUUCUCCAUGGAUGGCUUGGAGGCCCCUACGGCAGAGAACAAGCCCAUCACUUGGGUCACAGAGAUGGAGACGAUCGUCCCUCAAUCAUUCUUCGGGGCCAUGUCCCGGCACGAUGCUGUUUUGGCCAUCGUCUUCUGUGCCGUCAUGUUUUCCGUUGCAAUCAUGAGAGCCGAUGCUCAAUCAAAAAAGGUCAUGCUUGACUUUAAUGCUUCACUAUCCAAUAUUAUGUUCAAGGUCGUUGAGCUCGUCAUGAACUACGCUCCCAUCGGUAUUGGAUGUGCCAUUGCCGCCACUGUUGGCAAGUAUGGUCUUGAAGCCUUGGCUGUUUCUGGAAAGCUGGUCGGAACUCUGUACGCUACAUUGAUCAUCUUUGCAAUCUUGGUCUUCCUCCCCAUCAUCCUUCUGUGCCGUAUUCCCCUUAGAGACUUUGUAAAGACCGUUAGUCAGCCCUUCAUCAUGGCCUUCGCUACCGCAUCGUCCGAGUCUGCUCUUCCCAAAGCUAUGGAGAACAUGGUUGCCUUUGGCUGCCCUCCCGAGAUUGUUGCUUUUGUCAUCCCUACGGGCUACUCUUUCAACUUGGAUGGCUCGACCCUCUAUCUCGCCCUUGCCGCCAUUUUCUGUGCCCAGGUUGCUGGAAUCACUAAGAGCGUCGGAGAGCAAAUUCUCAUCAUGAUUACUUUGAUGCUGAGCUCAAAGGGUGUGGCUGCUGUGCCCCGUGCUUCGUUCAUCGUCUUGAUCUCAACCUUGUCAAAUGCCAACAUUCCCCUGGCCCCGUUGGCAUUGAUCAUGGGUGUUGAUGCUUUCAUGGAUAUGGCCCGUACUUCGAUCAACGUCCUCGGAAACAUGACUGCCUGCGCUGUCAUCUCCCGAUGGGAGGGUGAGUUCCGUAACGAUGAAUGGAAAGCACGUCAGGUCGCCCAACCCGAGACCCUGACCAUGGACGAGGUCGAGGCUCAAGAGUACAAUGCUGACCACCACCACAAUCAUCAAUACGGACAUCCUCACCACGACAACCACGCUGAAAAGGCCUCAAUUCGUUCUGUUCGCUCAACCUCCUCUGCAUUGAAUUCCCGUACAGAGCAGAACACGCAGCAGCGUCACCAGAACCAAGGCGACAACAUUGUAUAAACCAGCUCUUUUUACUUUUUCGAACUUCAUCCAUUUGUCUAUAAAUUUAUCUAUUCAGCGCUGGAAGCCAUCUGUAUACAUCAUUCCUCCACCCUCCUUCGUAGCUUUUUCGCAUUGUAUAAUAAUACCCGAAAAUAAAUAAAUAAAUAAAUAAAAAUAUAUUCAUAUUU